GGAAGUAGGUGCACCAUGCACAAAGGAAGGUCACUGUUCGGGAAGGCAAUAUGCUGGUCGAGGAGUGUGAUCGUCUGUACGUGGUUUUCAAUGACGAGAACCUGGCAGACAACACGGUCGCAGUCUUCCCGACCAGUAGUCCAUUGAAGCCUCCCCGUGCUAAUGCUCCAAGUCCGACGAAACCCGAGGUGGCGGCCCGCUCGAAAGCUGCCUGUUCAUCCGACCCGUCAGGACAAGCUGUGGACUGUUUCGACAUGGCAGACGAGGACAAGUUCCCUCGUAGCCAGUGGGAGGACGGCGGCGUGACAAGUGUUCGAGGAGCUACUUACGGGGAUAGGGAGUGCAACCCAGCUCAUCUAAUUGGUCUGCUCGAGAACUUUUGCAGAGUUGGAAAAACUGUUUUUUUCUUCGGGAAGGUGCACGCGUCUAUCAUGUGGGAGCUCCUGCGCAGCGGUCGGAACGUCGUUGCGUUAGAGGACGAGGCGAAGAUGAUCGAUUACCUUUGCGAGUUCGUUAAGACACUUGUGGGGGACCCUCGCCACCAUUGCUCUUUUGUCCAGACCACCAGCGAACGAAACUGGGAUUACAAACACGGCGCAGGACCUGGUGGAGGAGGUGACGGAGGAGACAACUCAGGAUUUGGUGGUGACGAAGCAAAGGGGAAGGGGCCAGGCGAAACGUCGUCGGAACCAAAGGGCUCCGGCGGAAAACGGCGGCGAAAAAGGGUUCGGCGGAAAACGGCGGCGAAAAAGGGUUCGGCGGAAAACGGCGGCGAAAAAGGGUUCGGCGGAAAGGGGUCGGGCCGAAAGGGGUCGGGUAGAAAGGGGUCGGGCGGAAAAGGGCCGGGCGGAAAGGGGCCGGGCGGAAAGCGUAGAGCGUUUGGGAGUUACGAGUCUAGCGGAACUGAAAGCCGCUGCGAAGGGAGUCGUGAUUCGGACAUGCGAGACGAGGCGGCCCUGAGGUCUUAUCAAGUGCGAGUACAUUCACACUUGUUUGCGAGGACUUUGUUUUAUGACACCGGCGAGCACGAAGUGCUGGAGGGGCCCGUUGCAGGAGUGUUGGAGACCGGGCCUAGCGAGUAUGAACGUUAUGCUUCGGAGGGUGCGUCCAUCGAUUUUAAGAGCAAGAGUGCAGCGGAUCCGGGGGAAGAAGAGUUGUCACAUAACGCGCAUGUUGUGCACUGGGAAGAGGAGACUCAACACUGGCCGCCUUGCAAAGUGCUGGAUGGUCUCGACGCAGGAGUGUUGGAGACCGGGGCUACCGAGCAUCUACGUUAUCCUUCGGAGGGUGCGUCCGUCGACUUAGAGAGCAAGAGUAUACCACCUCCGGGGGAAGGGGAACUCUCACAGGAAGUGCAUAUUGUGCAGUGGGAAGAGGAUACUCAACAUUCGCUGCCUCACAAAGUGCGGGAGGGGCUCGAUGCAGGAGUGUUUGAGACGGGUGCUAGCGAGCAUCAGUGUCAUGCUUCGAAGGGCGAGUCCCGUGCGGCGACAUCUGUUCAGGGGCCCGCUGUAGGAGUGUUGGAGACAGAGGCUAGUGAGUGCGAAGGUCAUGCUUUGGAGGAGACGUAUGCUGUGCAGCGGGAUGAAGAGCUUCUCCAAGGCUCGUGGGGAAAUGCCAUCAACAUCCGGGACACCGAUUUGGUUUUGCAUAGCGGGUCGUCACUAACGACGCAAGAGAGUGACGUUAAGGGAGGUCAGUGGACGUUUGUGGAAGGCAAAGACCGUGGGCGGGAAGGACGUGCAUGGACGUCUGGGGAAGCUCGGCUUCGUGGCGAUGAGGAGGGCGAAGAAGAACCCGUGGUGGAAACUCGGUUUCAUGACGAUGAGGAAGGCGAAGAACCCGUGGGGGAAACUCAACUUUUUGGCGGUGAGGUGUCGGCGCGGCUUCAUGACGAUGAGGCAGGCGAAGAAACCGUGGGGGAAGCUCAGCUUUAUGCCGGUGAGGUAUCGGCUCGGCUUCAUGCCGGUGAGGUGCCGGCUCGGCUUCAUGCCGGUGAGGUGUCGGCUCGUCAGAUGGGUUCGGAGCGGACAGAUCAUAAAUUCUCCGUCCACCAGCUGUGGUAAAGAGCAAGGUGAUCGAGCGUCUGCCCUCAGUU